GGUAGCUAUUUACCUAUAGAUAUAGAUAUAGAUGUUUAGAGUUUUGCCAUACCGUACGUUGUUUUGUAAGUUUAUCUUUUGUAAAAGGAAACUAGGAGCAAAGACAUUGGCGUCCGCUCCAGCGUUAUCGCAUCCUCCUUUUGUUUCUUAAGAUUUGGAUAAUUACCAGACAGCUGCAAGAUUCCAGUUUUGUUUUCUAAAAUACACAGAGUGAACAAUGUCGAAUACCUCUACGUUUUUCAAUCAGUCCGAAGAACUUAUAGUCGAAUCUUCAACACUUUCUUUCGACUACGCACCAAUAGACGUUUCCGCCUCAAUUUUCGAGUACGUAAAUUAUGUAUUCCUUCCACUCUCUAUUGUAAUGGGAACCGUUGGUAACUUUCUGACUAUCGUAGUCAUGCGCAGUGAACGUUUUGCUGGUUCCCCGUCUUCUUAUCUCCUAAUUGUCCUCGCUAUAUCUGAUUCAGUUGCUAUUCUUUCUCAGCCGUUUAACAAGUUAUUUUUCAUUGAUUUGGUUGGCACGGAUAUAAGAGCACUUCAUGAUAUAAAUUGUAAACUGUACAUCAUGAUUCGACGGUUGUCUAAAAUGACGUCAUCAUGGACGGUUGUUGGCCUGUGUAUCGAGCGAUUCAUAGCUGUGUGGUUCCCAUUGAAAGCUAAACUUCUGAUCACCAAACGAUCAGUCUCGGCCUUUACCCUGACCGUCGUAGCCAUCAUCAUCACGUACACUGGUAUUUGGAGCUACGCCUCGAAAGUUGUCAACGGAAAAUGCAACCCAGAUGUCUACAACUACACGGACCCAAGGGAGAGGACCAAAUUUGGAAUAAUGCUUCAAGGUGGCACAGCUAUCUACUCCAACGUUCCAACCGUCUUACUAAUGAUACUGACUACGCUCAUUAUCAUCAAACUGUUUCAACAUCGGCGAAAACGAAGAAGCUUGACUCAAAGACCCUCGUCAACCAGCGACCAGGGCGGGAAAAUCACGGCCAUGUUGAUAGGCAUCGUCAUUGCCUACGUCAUUUUGAUCCUGCCAAUCACAGUGCUGCACAACACGGCCUACCAGAAAAGGGUGAAAGCUUUCACGGAGACGUCCUCGGGGUUUAGUCUUUUUACGGAAGUCGUACAACUGAUGGAACAACUUAAUUAUUGCCUCAAUUUCUUCUUGUAUAUCAUGACGUCAAGGCAAUUUAGAGAAACGCUCUUUCAAAUUUUGUCGUCCAAAUGUCACUGCAAACGUACAACACAAUUAGAAUUACCCACUGACUCAAAAAGAACAAGAUAUUAAAAGUACCAGAAUACACUGGCCACUGCGUGACGUAGAAAUAAAAGGAUGCUAGUAUAUGAUGACCUAGAUAAUGUCCGAUCUUGGAGCCAAAGGUUCAAUUCCUACUUGUUCUAAGGAUGUCUAACAACUGUCUCGUCUCAUAGUAGAUUUGGUAAAAACAAAAUGACUUGCACAAGUCUAAAGUACUGUUCAAAAAAAUAUGUCAUAAGAUAGACCAUUGCUGAAAGAGUUAAUAAUAAUUUUCUUUAUUAAUGUAUCUAACCUGUCAG